CACUUUGGGAGGCUGAGGCGGGUGGAUGACCUGAGGUCAAGAGUUCGAGACUAGCCUCGCCAACAUUGUGAGACCCUGUCUCUACGAAAAAUACAAAAAUUAGCCGGGCGUGGUGGCAGGCACCUGUAAUCCCAGCUACUCAGGAGGCUGAGGCAGGAGAAUGGCUUUAACCCAGGAGGCGGAGGUUGCAGUGAGCCGAGAGUGGGCCACUGCACUCCAGCCUGGGCAACAGAGCAAGACUCCAUCUCAAAAAAAAAAAAAAAGGCGUGCAAAUGUGUGUGACAUUUGGAGACAUUAUAUGUGACACUGUGGUACAUUUUGUGCUCUGAGAUAAUUUAUCUGACUGUGUAGCCCUUGGAGCUGCCAUUGGUGGCGGCUGUGUGUGGCAUUUGGGGCGACUGUGUGAGGUUGUGUUGAGCAAGGUCAUUCAUGAUGUUGUGUGGUGCUACCGUGUGACAGGGCAAGAUAGUUUGUGUCUGUGUGAGGGACAGCGAGCAUGAGGCUGGGGGGGUGACACUGAGGUGGCUGAGUGAGAGGCUCUGUGGGACACACUGGAGAGGUUUGUUGUGACUGUGGAUUAAAUGUAGCGAGGCCCAGGGCCCACCUAGAGAGACUGUGUUUUCUAGUGAGUGUGAGAGAGGCACAGAGAGAGUCACACAAGAGGACAGCAGCGGCAGAGACACAGGGAGAGGGACAAAGAUAGGACUGACAGACAAGAGAGAGGGCCCAGAGAGGGAGCCCCAAGGCGGCGGGGCGGCGGGACGGUGGCUCCGGGAGGAGGCGGGUCCGUAGGGGCUGCGCCCCAGGGGAGGGGGCGGGGCGGGCCGGAGGGACCCAGACGCUGCCUCCCAGCCUCUGUCACCGCCGCCAGCCCGGCCCAGAGCAGCAACAGCCCCCACUCCCGCGCGUCUUUUAACCCCUUCCCCGCCGCAACCAUGUCCAACAACAUGGCCAAGAUUGCCGAGGCCCGCAAGACGGUGGAACAGCUGAAGCUGGAGGUGAACAUCGACCGCAUGAAGGUGUCGCAGGCAGCAGCGGAACUCCUGGCUUUCUGCGAGACGCAUGCCAAAGAUGACCCGCUGGUGACGCCAGUACCCGCCGCGGAGAACCCCUUCCGCGACAAGCGCCUCUUUUGUGUUCUGCUCUGAGCCCUCCGGACAUCUUACCCUCCCCUGCCGAAGUAUGGAUUCAAUAAACUUGGUAACUGUGGUGGUGCCUGUGCUUUCAGGGAGACUGAGGCACGCACAGAGCUUGGGGC